AUGCCCCCGGCGGUGAAGAUGGAAGUGAAGAUGGAACCGGAAGUGAAGACCGAAGUUGGCAGCCCAUCUCGACGAUGUCGUGUGAAGACCGAGCCUGCUGCGGUGGAGCAGUCAAAGCAGAAGAAGAAACAAGUUGGGAAGCCAUCUGCUUGGGAGGUUCGUGUGGCCAAGAUCAAGAAGCAGAUUCGCGAUGAAGUGCGCAAGGAGCUGAAAAAUAGCUACUCGCGCAGAUUGCGCAAAUUCAAAGUGCAGCAGCUAGCUCGGCAAGUGGCACUGGAGAAACGAAUGGAUACUUUGUCCAAUCGAGUCCAAAGCUUUCUGAGCAAGAUGGAGGAGGAGUACUUCUUCGGAGAGGAGUUUAGUGCUUCAUCUGACUCCGAGACCGCAUCCGAAGAACAGGAUCCAGAUUACGCCGAGUUCAUCGAUGGCAUUGCUGGACCGGAACAGGUCAAGGAGAACACCGCCCCCAUCCCAAACGACAGCUUGCCUCAUCCGCCUUUCGAGCAGCUUGACGACGCGUGA